CGAUCACUGUUUAGCAACAUAAGCUUAUUUAAUAAUAGUUCAGAGAGGAGAGAGACAUCGAAAUUUAUCGCCGAUCGCCCGGUAUUCUUCUACAUCGGAGCACUUAUUUGCUUACUUAUAAGUUAUUCGUUCUCAAUAUGCAAGGCGGUUUUAUAGUAAAUUUCUCCACUUUGAUAGCUGACCUKAAGGUCCAAUGCGGAUAUUCACAACCAUUUCCUUGAAAUCUUAUUUUCUAUGUAAAGCUUAAGGUUCUGUUGAAGUUCGGCCGAAGUUCAUCAACAACAAUUUACUCGAGAUCGAAGCCUUCAAGUACGUUUUAAGCUUCAAGUACGUUUUCCCUGACUCUUUCUAACUUUUGACACACACUUGAAGCGGAAAAAGGUUAAAACCUUCUUUCAAUUUGCACAAUGUCUCUGCCGUUGGCGCGGAAGGUCGGGGGUUCGAGCUACGUCGGGUACAUGAAUUUCUUUCGGUUCAAAAAGAAAAAGAAAAAGAAACAGAUAGACAGUGAAGAUAAAGUUCAACUAAUUAACAAGUCAAAAUAUAGCAGUUGCUAAGGCAACCGAGUUUACAGGAAAGUGUGUGAGUGACACACAUCGUCCCCCUCCAAUAACUCUUCGAUUGCUUACGCAAUCUCCGAGUUAAAAAUAAAACUGCGAAAAUUAAUUGAAUGCUCGCGAUUAAUGCUCCCCAUUCUCUCUCGGCCCCCCAGAAGGGACGCCUGUUUAUAGCAGCCUACUGCGAGGGAGGCUACCUUGCCAGACAAGGCACCUUGCCACAAAACGUUUCCUGACCUUUGCAAUCGAUUUGAAUGUGUACAUUCAAGUACAUUUUUUGAUUGAAAUGGAUAAGUUGGAAGUAGAAGUGCGUCCCUUUGAGCCAAAUGACAAAUACGAGUGUCAUAGACUAUUUCGCACAGGUAUGAUGGARKUAAUCCCGUAUGKGUAUGCGAUCGAAAUCARGGGAUACCUAAAGUGUGCACUCUUCUUGGUCCCUGUUCUUGCUUUAACAUUUACGUGGUCAUUGCUCAAUGUUAUCGUGCUUCUAUGCUUAUGUGCAAUCAUAGCUGCUUUGCUUUACGUUCGUAUUUAUAAUGGAAUGGUGAGAUACAUUGAUCACUCCAUAUCUGACGAUUUACAAGACAUUGCUAAAGUUUAUCAAGAUGGUUCGUGUAUGUUUGUAGCCGUCCUUGAUGGAGCUGUUGUUGGUWUGGCUGCUAUUUUGCAUGAUGAUAACCAACACAAGCCAGGCCAAGCGGAGAUUCUUCGAAUGUCUGUAAACGCAUCGUUACGUAAGCGAGGAAUAGCAUCGAAAUUAUUAAAGGCCAUUGAAAACUUCUGCAACGACAACAACUACACAAAUCUAACUCUUAUAACGUCAACUGGUCAGUAUGCUGCCAUGGCCCUGUACGAAAAGAAUGGCUUUAAGGAGAUACGAAGAUAUAAACCGGGUUUUUUCGUAAUUUUUUUUAAGUUCGUUGCAUACGAAAAAGUGUUGACUCAAAGAAUUUAAAUAAGCAAUCAUACCAGACAUUUUUUACCGAACGUGAACAGGCAUAUCCUUCGUCUCAUUGUUUGCGUGACAAUUUAGACUAUCUACCUUAUUCGUACUAAUUUUCGCGAGGCUUUAUUAAUUUCGCGAUUUAAAAUUAAACGCGCGAUUUAAUACACGUUAUGUUUGCAAAUCGAUUAUUGUUUAAGUAGUCAUUCAAUACUGAAAAGGAUUUUUAAGGUCUGUCUGUCCACCUAUUUUCAACUUUCGCGAAAUUUUAAAAUCGCGAAUUAAUGCUCGCGAAAUAUUUGUGUUCAAAAUUCGAGAGAUUCCAGUGCUCUCGAAAAUUAGUACGAAUGAGGUUAUAUUCUAGUCAUAGCCAUCAAAUUCUUCACGGGUCCCCCAUAUAUAUCAUUCUUCAGGGGCCAUCCAAACAAAACGCAGGUCCAAUGCAAAUCAUUUCAGGAUUUUAUUUAGUGCCUGCUCCAUUUUUUAAAGCUUAUUUGCUUUGUCUGAAUUAUCAAGUGGGGGGGGGAGGGGAGAGAUGGAGAGGGGGGGUUGGUUUGCAUUAAUGCAAGAGAACCUGCUAAGUACUGAUGCAGGCUUAUAUGCUGUGAAAUGACACGUUAUGAUACGAUUAGAGUCAUUUUCAUGCGUCUUUGAAACAAUUUAUGACUAGUCAGUGUUUAUUAGUAAAUAUUAGGAUGUAGUAAGCUACCAAAAGGCAAACUUUGUCACAUGUUAAACUUUUGGAAGCUAACAGGGGGUAAUAGUAUUUAAUAGUGCAAUUCCUAUUUCACAGACGGAUGGAAAUGACUCUAUGAUAAGCACAGGCCUUGACUGGGUCAAAACGUGGUGUGGUGCUUUAGUCAAUAGUUUAGUUUAACUUUGCUUUAUUUGUAUGACCUAUUUGCUUAGGGGCUUAGGCCAUCUUCAUAUAUAUUUUUUGUUUCCCAUCGCUUAGCAUCUCCUAUUGGGUGGAUAGCACUGUCUGAAAAAUAAAUAAAAAAUGAAUGUGUCUAAUAUAGAAUUUAAAAUCACCAUAAAACGCCUUUGUAAACAUCGGGAGCCUACCAAAUAAAGAAAUUUGUUAAGUA